AUGCCGCCCGUUCGAUCUCACCGGUCGGGAUCGUCCUUUGGGUCGAUACCGUCACAGCAGGAUGCCCAGGAUGAUAGCAAGGAGAAAACGUCGCUCUUCGGCUUUGUCAAAAAAGUGUGGCAGAAAACGGGGUUGGACAGACCCACAGUCCUUUUGAUGAUGAAGGGCGGUGUUCCACCCACCAUAGCCGUUUCCAUCUAUCAAUCAAUGCCCGUUGCCAAUGAGUACACGACCCUGGGAUAUCUCGUGGCCAUUGUCUCCAUCUUGGGAUUUGCGAUCAUGCCCGCGCAAACAUGUUUCGCCCUGUUGACAAUGUUCUCCAGUGUCAGGGCACGCCAACACACCUCUACUAACCCUAAUGAUUCAUACAAUGCUUCAGCAUCUUCUGUGAGUGGUUUGUGGCUGUUCUUCCAAAUCUGGAUGGUUCACACCUUCCGUGCCAAAUACCCGCAGCUGCAAUUCCCCGUGAUCAUUUACGCAAUCUUCGCGAAUAUUUCUUCGGUGUACGCUCCGCAAAUGAAGGAUAUGCCAGCUGCGAUUGGUAUGGUGACUAGAUUGCUCAAAUCAUGCCUUACUGGUCUUGCCAUUUCAACAGCCACGUCGCUAUUGAUCCUUCCGAUGACGUCACGGCAGGCUGUCUUCAAACAAAUGGCGAGCUACAUUGGCGGGCUGCGGACAGCCUUGAAUGCCCAUGCUAUAUAUUUCCAAUCAUUGGAAAGAGACGACAUGUUCGGUCGCACGGAGACAUAUGAUGAUGCCCGUGAGAAGUUUGGAAAGAAGGGAAAGAUAUACAGUCCUGAGGCAGAAGCCAUCCGCGGUGCGGUCCGACAGAUCACAGAUAUCCAUGCCAAGCUCCAUGGUGAUCUUACAUUUGCGAAGCGCGAGAUUGCAUUGGGAAAAUUGGGACCCGACGAUCUUCAGGCCAUCUUCCGUCAUCUUCGCCAGAUCAUGAUCCCAGUGGUGGGGUUGAGCUUCGUGGUGGAUAUCUUUCAACGACUGUCGGACUAUAACAGGUGGAAUCAACCCAUCGAUCUAAAUGAGCCUGUGGUCCCAGAUGAUAUCCGGCAGCGCGUUGUGCACGAGUGGAAUGAUAUUAUGAGGGCGGUGCACGAUCCCUUCGCCGUGAUGAUCCAAACCAUUGACGAGGGAUUGCUGCAUACAUCCUAUGUCUUCGGGCUAACAAAGCCAUCCGAGUGCACAGGUACAGCGAAACCUUCAGAUGACAAUUCAAUGGAGGAAGACAAAGAUAUCGAGGCCAGAGCCGAGAAUACUGCACCUGGGGAAAAGGCCUUUAUCGAUCACUUUGAAAAGAAACUUGGCGCAUUUCGAAUCGCAAAACGCCUUGCUUUGCGGACAUGGGCCGAGGAGAAGGGUGUCACCCUCCCGCCCGACUUUUUUGAUCACCCUGCUUCUCCUGAAAUGUUGAACACCGAUUUUUUGGAUACCUCAGCCACGCAAAAAGAGCGAAGCCGGCGGCAGCUGUAUCUAUUUCUCUACAUGGAACAAUUACUGUACUCGACAGGCCAAACCGUGCUCAACUUCGUUCGUUAUGCCAAUUACGUUGAGGCGAAAGGAAAGCUAUCGAAGACCCGACUUGUUAUUCCCGGUGGUAAGCGAGUCUGGAAGUGGGCUAAGUCCUUUAUGACUGCGCAGGAUCACGAAGAUGAUAAUAUGGGUGACAUUCAUACACAAAACAACAUCCUUCAACUUGGCGAGGCGUAUAAACUCCGCAAAGAUCCCGAGCACCUGCCACCGACUACUCGUUUUGAGAAGAUUGGGGACAGAAUCCGGGUCAUCCCGGGGUUUCUGCGCUCCCUUGAGUCGAGCUAUGGCUUCCGUGUUGCCUGUGCCACCAUGACCAUUGCAAUCGUCGCGUUCCUACGCGAUACCCAGACCUUCUUUACCGCACAAAGGUUAGUAUGGGGUAUGAUCAUGGUUAAUCUCAGCAUGUCUCCUACAUCAGGCCAGAGCAUUUUCAGUUUCGUGCUGCGAAUUUUGGGUACAUUCCUUGCAAUGGUAGCAAGUCUUCUGAUAUGGUAUAUUCCCGGGACGAAGACACCGGGGAUUAUUGUUUUCCUGUUCAUCUUUGUCUCAAUUGCCUUCUACAUCCCCAUCAAGAUGUUCCGUUUCCGAGCUGUCGGGAUUAUCAGCAUUAUCACCACAAGCAUGAUCAUCGGUUAUGAGCUCCAAGUUCGCCGCGUUGGCGAGGCUGUCGCGACAUCCAAUGGACAACCCUUCUACCCAAUUUACCUCUUGGCGCCUUAUCGGCUGGCUGUUGUGGCGGGCGGUAUCGCUGUGGCAUUCAUAUGGACAUUCUUCCCAUAUCCAAUCUCUGAGCACUCAGUCCUCCGCCAAAGUCUAGGAGCCUCGUUGUAUCUUCUGGCAAACUACUACUCGAUCAUCCACGAGACAAUCUCCGGUCGCAUGCGUGGUGACGAAGGCGAAAACCUGCUCAAGACCUCCCAGGGUCGCAAACUUGAGAAAGCGCGACACAAGGUGUUCUCAAAGCAGAUGCUUAUGCUGGCCGGUUUAAGGGAAUACUCUGGGUUCCUUCGAUGGGAGGUCCCGGUUGGCGGUCGGUUCCCUAAGAAGCAGUAUGAUUCGAUUAUUGUCUGCGUAGAGAACAUUGUCAACUACCUCAGCUUGCUAGGCUACGCAUCUGAUACCAUCGUCCACCUCACCGAGGGCGAAGAUCCCGCAGAUACCGCGUGGAUGCACGAUUUCCGACGCCUGGUCAAUACUGCCAAAGUGACGACCCAUGAGGUCACAUCUUUGCUUUGCCUUCUAUCUGCUAGUAUUACCAACCGACAGCCUCUGCCACCGUAUCUGAAAGCUCCCCGUCCGUAUGGUUUCGCGAGGCGCUUGAACGAACUCGACAGUGAACUUCUGAGCCUCCGGCACAUGGCCGAGCCAGGAUUCGCGGCGUUCGCAGUUUUGCAGAUCUCCACCCGCUGCAUCGUCGGUGAUAUGGACCGAUUGCUCCGGCUCGUCAAAGGCUUAGUCGGCGAAUUAGACUUCUCUUUCCACGCUGUGAGCACAGGAGAGUCAAUGGCCGAAUCGCGAAUGCCCUCGCGGGUGGGUUCGAGAGUGGAUUUGAGCGAGUACGCAUCCUCGCAACCUGGUGAUAGGCACAAGAACGAUUAA